GUCCCAAACUCUUCUUCUGAGUGGAUAAACCACAAAAACAGAAGCAUUGUAUGCAUAACAAACUCACACAUGCUUCAUACUUUUGCUAGUAGUGCUUCUCCCACAAACCCUAUGGCCACUUCUCUCUCUACCAUCAAUGGAUCAGCUUCCCAAUUCUCCCCAGCCAAACUAAAACAAAUCAAAAACCACAAACCAAAAUAUCAAAGCCUACAAUCUUACAUGCUGGCACAAGCCCAAGAAUCCCACUCCCUCCCAUCCAAAAGCACUAUAACUGCACACACCGUCUCAAGAAGAGCUUCUUUAAGCUUCUCCAUGGCCCUCCUACUUCACCAACUACACAUCGAACCCUCGCGAGCCGACGAGGGGAAUGGAUUAUGGCUCACUGGCCCGUUGCCUGUCCCCACAGUCACUAACAAGAUCGCAAAUGAAGAAACAGGCACGCGAUCAUUUCUUAGGAACGGGAUUUACAUAGCGAAUAUAGGACCCCAAGGAAGUGCUUUUAGGCUGAAGCACUACUCAUUUGAUCUACUAGCUUUAGGAGAUAUGCUGGGCCAAGAAACAAUGAGCUAUUUUAGGAAGUACCUGUGUAUGAAGUCAACUGUCAUGUACUACGAUUUCGAUAAGGUCAUCUCCGCAGCUUCUGAUGAGCAGAAGCAGCCGCUUACAGACCUUGCCAACCGAUUGUUCAACAAUGUUGAGAAGAUUGAAGAGGCUGUGAAGACGCAGAACAACACUAUGAUGCAGUCUUGUUAUGCAGAUACUGUACCGAUUCUCCAGGAAGUUAUGGCACGAAUGGCAUAAAGAUUGUAAACUGGUGACAUAUGCUCCCUUGGAAGAAAUCCUGAAAUUCAUUUCUCAGAAAUAGAACAAUAAGAUUACAAGAUAUCCUUUUCUCACAUAGUAUGGCAAAAAGAGCAUUAAUUUGUAAAGGUUUGGGAUUGGCAUUCAAAGUGCUAACUUGAGAGCACUAUUGAGAUAUGUUUGUAACAUAGAAUGACUAGAUAAAAAUCCCUCUCUAGAGUGGCUGCCAAA